AUGAAGGGCAAGGCAACGAAAACCAUCGCUGAGCUGCUGGAGCACAGAACCAAGCACUAUGACGAGCUCGUUGAGUUGCGGGACCUUACUCCGUUAGACCAAUGGCGUAGUGUGGAGCUGCCAGCGCUACUCUUCAAGGAGCGGACUUCCAAGCCAUAUAUCACCAAGAAGGAACUGCAGAGGCUCCUGGACUGGAAGUUGAAGAAGGGCAAGUACAGGGCGACGCUGCCUAAGCUCAUUGCACAGAAUGACGAUAAACUCGUCGUGCAAUGCUCGACAAGCGCCUUCAAAGAGGUGUUAAGCCUGGACGAGACCGAAGAUCAGGACAAGUACAACGCCGGUAUACGGAGUGCGCUCAAGACAAUAUGCCAAUUGAAGGGCGUAGGACCCGCCACUGGCUCUCUAGUGCUAUCUCUGCUGUCGAAGUUCACGCAUAGAGCGCCGCCAUUCUUUAGCGAUGAGUGUGCCGUGGAGGUGCUGGAAGACCUGGGCCAGUACAAGGGCAAGCUCUCCUACACGCUACCCGAGUAUAUGAGGUUUCUACAGUGGUUUCAGCAGAAGGACCCGGAGUUUGAGUACGACAGGACUCAGCUGGAACAGGCCCUCUGGUGUGUACACUUAGACAGGGAUCAAUGA